GAGGGCAACGCAGAUUGGAGAAGCAUACCAAGUUCUCAGUAACGAGGAUCUACGGAAGCAAUAUGACAAAUUUGGAAAGGAACAGGCUGUCCCGGGAGGAGGCUUCGAGGACCCGUCCGAGUUUUUCAGCAUGAUCUUUGGUGGUGAAGCCUUUGUCGACCUGAUCGGAGAGAUCUCACUGAUGAAGGAUCUUACAACGACCAUGGAUAUUACGAUGCAGGAAAUGGAAGAAGAUGAACUGGCCGAGGCAGCAGAGGAAAAGUUAAAGGUCCAUGAUGAGCAGACAGCCGCGGGAGAAUCGGCUGCCCCGAAGGCAGAGGCCACCACCGAAGACCAGAAGCCACCUGUUUCGGGCCCGAGUUCGGGUACCAGCACCCCACGGAGAUAUCUAGGCCAGCAGGCGAUCAUGGAUAAAUCGGAAGAGGAUGCCAGGAUGGAAGCAGCUGGCCUGACGCAGGAAGAAAAGGAACUUCGCAAGAAGGAAAAGAAGAAGGGUGGCCUCACGAAGGAGCAGCAAGAGCGCCUGGCUGCAUAUGAGCUGGAGAGGAAGAAGGCCCGGGAGGAGCGGGUAGAUACUCUUGCUCGUAAACUCAUCGACCGCAUCAGCGUAUGGACGGAGACAGACAAGAGCGCCGACGUUACCCGUGCCUUCGAGGAGAAGAUCCGUCUGGAGGUGGAAAACCUCAAGAUGGAAUCCUUUGGUCUCGAGAUCCUGCACGCGAUCGGCCAGACCUACGUUCAGAAAGCUACUUCAUUCCUGAAGUCCCAGAAGUUCCUGGGUAUCUCAGGUUUCUUUUCUCGGCUAAAGGAUAAGGGAACUCUUGCCAAGGAGACGUGGACCACCAUCUCGACAGCCAUUGACGCGCAGAUGACAAUGGAGGAAAUGGCCAAGCUGGAGGAGAAGGGUGGAGAAGACUGGACAGAUGAGAAGAAAGCAGAGUAUGAGAAGAAGGUCACCGGCAAGAUCUUGGCAGCUGCUUGGCGGGGUAGUAAAUUCGAGAUCCAGAGCGUCUUGAGAGACGUUUGCGACAAGGUGCUCCACGACAAGUCGGUCAAGCUAGACAAGCGGAUUGAGCGCGCCCAUGCCCUUGUUAUCGCUGGUAAUAUCUACCAAAGAGCCGAACGUGACCCGGAGGAAGAAGGCGACUACAUGGCUUUCGAGCAGCUUAUGGCCGAGGCCUCAUCCAAAAAGGGCAAAGAUGAGAAGAAAAAGAAAGAGCACAAGAAGGACAAGUCUAAGCGUGAAUCGACACCACCCGAAGCUGCAUCAUCAUAA